AUGCCGCAGCGAAACUCCCGACGAUUUACCCGACUUCACGUUGCAAGCUACGGUACCUUCGAAUGCAGCGGAUCCCAUGAUCACUUGAUUUUGGAAGAGGAGUACGUAGAGAAUCAAGAGCGCCUUCGCAAAACCAAAGCCCAAGCGUCGGCCGCACCGUCGGCAAGUGACGAUUUCGAUGCCCUUGAUAGAAACGCGGAUGAGCGGGGCCGUGUCGAUGACAUGCGAGGGAGCCCAAUGAGCGUUGGUAAUCUUGAAGAGAUGAUUGAUGACGACCACGCCAUUAUCUCGAGUGCCACGGGCCCUGAAUACUAUGUUUCGAUUAUGUCUUUUGUCGACAAAGAUCUACUCGAGCCUGGAGCUAGCAUCCUCCUUCAUCACAAAUCGGUAUCAGUUGUUGGCGUCCUCACUGAUGAUGCGGAUCCUUUGGUUUCCGUUAUGAAGCUCGACAAAGCGCCUACAGAAUCGUACGCUGAUAUUGGAGGGUUGGAGUCGCAAAUUCAGGAAGUUCGGGAAGCAGUCGAGCUGCCACUGUUGCACCCCGAACUUUACGAAGAAAUGGGCAUCAAACCCCCAAAGGGCGUGAUUCUUUAUGGAGGCCCGGGUACGGGGAAAACCUUACUCGCCAAGGCUGUCGCCAAUCAGACCAGUGCUACGUUUCUCCGUAUUGUUGGUAGUGAGUUGAUCCAAAAGUAUCUUGGUGAUGGCCCACGGUUGGUUCGUCAAAUCUUCCAGGUUGCUGCGGAACAUGCCCCGUCUAUCGUUUUCAUCGAUGAGAUCGAUGCCAUUGGAACAAAACGUUAUGAGUCAACUUCCGGCGGCGAGCGUGAAGUUCAACGUACCAUGCUUGAACUCCUGAACCAGCUCGACGGAUUCGACGAUCGAGGCGAUGUCAAGGUCAUCAUGGCUACCAAUAAAAUAGAAACUCUAGACCCAGCUUUGAUUCGACCAGGCCGUAUUGAUCGCAAGAUCCUUUUUGAAAAUCCAGAUCACGUGGAUCUGGACGAGUUCAUUAGCCAGAAGGAUGACCUUUCCGGUGCCGACAUCAAGGCUAUUUGCUCCGAAGCAGGUUUGAUGGCGCUCCGAGAACGACGAAUGCGGGUUCAAAUGGCGGACUUUAGGGCAGCUAGGGAGCGUGUGAUGAAGACUAAGAUAAUAGCCCUGCGUGCAGAUGGUGAAUCGCUAUGUCGUUGGAGCUUUGUUUGGGAGAACCUUGUGUAUGCCCACCGCAAACACUGCAAACAUCGCCACAAGCCGCCAAUAGCUUUGGGCUUCCUGCACCCUGCGCUGGAGCUCAAGGACAGCCUUUACAGCAUGGACGAAUUUGACGAAGAGGCUUUUAAAAAGUUCUUUCCCGGAAGCUUUGGGAAAAAGAGCAGGGAAACCGAUGUUGGUGCGCAAAUCGACAAAACGAAGCGAGGAGAUACGGAAGCCAGCUUGAGCCACGAGGAAAAGCCCAAAGACCAACCGCAAAACGAGCUCGAUUCAAAAGCCUCCCCAGCCGAAGCUCCCGCACCAGCGUCGAACCCCGAUUCGAGCUCCGAUGAAUCGGAGGACGAUGAAGAUGAGUUCCCAGUUACGCAUGAUCUCGUGUUUAAAACUCACGAGCGGGCGAUUACCACAAUUACGGUCGAUCCGUCCGGUGCUCGAAUGAUAACUGGAUCGACAGACUGCACGAUCAAGUUUCACGAUUUCGCAUCCCUCACUCCGUCAACGUUACGCGCUUUUAAAUCCGUUGAGCCAUCUGCUAAAAAGAAUUCCACUGCCUCGGAGACACACCCAGUCCAUGUCGCGAAGUUUAACCCGAUAUCGCCGAGUCAGGUGCUCGUCAUUGCUGCUACUCCGCAGCCUAAAAUAUUAUCUCGGGAUGGUGAUACGUUGACGGAGUUUGUCAAGGGCGAUAUGUAUUUGCGGGACAUGCGCAACACAAAGGGUCACAUUUCGGAGGUUACUAGCGGGACCUGGAGUCCGACGAAUUACAAUCUAUGCGCUACGGCUGGAACAGAUAGUACGGUCCGCAUAUGGGAUGCCAAUAUCGGAAGGACUCAAAAAGAGGUGAUCGUGCACAAAUCGAGGGCUGCAGGCUCUGCGGGCCGGACGAGGAUGACUGCUGUUGCAUGGGGCUCGCCGGCCCAAGGAGGCAACAAUAUCCUCGUGGCUGCUGCGUUGGAUGGUAGCCUUGUGAUGUGGAGUGGCGAUGGGCCGUUUACAAGGCCAAGCGGUGAGAUAAGGGAUGCUCACACGAGAGAUACCUGGACAAGUGGUCUUGACAUUAGCCCGGACGGAAGAUUAAUUGUAACAAGAGGAGGUGAUGAUACCAUCAAGUUGUGGGACACUAGGAAAUUCAAGCAGCCCGUGACGACAGUUGCGCAUCCAUCUGGGUCAAAGUCAUAUCCUACGUCAAAUAUCCUCUUCUCCCCGAACGGCGCCAACAUCAUCACAGGGUCGGAAACGGGAGAGCUGUACAUUCUAAAUCCUGCGACGCUGAAGCCCGAACUCAAGACAUCCAUUACCCCCAAUUCACCCCUUAUCACGGUUCUUUGGCAUGAGAAAUUGAACCAAAUACUUACAGGCUCCGCAAACGGACAAACGCAUCUUCUAUACAACCCCCAGAUUUCGCGAAACGGUGCACUUACGAUCAUGUCCAAAGCUCCGAAGCGUCGCCAUAUCGACGACGACCCUAACCUUACCACUGAUCUGUCUCUUGGAUUCUCUGGUGAAGGCGUCGUCCAGUCCCAUGCGAGCUUCGCUAGCAGGCAUCCGACAGUUGGCCUAACUGCAUCGGGCCGACCUCGAGACCCUCGCCGUCCGCAUCUUCCCGUGCAGACCCCCUUUGCCAAAAGUCAACCCGAUGAGAAACAUAUAAAGGAGAAUAUCCCUCUUAGCUCGAUGAGAGACGAGGAUCCAAGAGCAGCAUUGUUGAAGUAUGCGGAGAAAGCGGAGAAGGAACCGCUGUUUACAAAUGCGUGGAAGCAUACGCAGCCGAAGCCCAUUUUUGCUGAACUCAGUGAUGACGAGGAGGAACAAAGGCAGGGUCCGGAUAGGAAGAAGAUUAAACGAUAA